CGGAUUAAUACCGAAAACAAAACUCCCGGCAACAAAGUUCAAAUUCUGAUAAAGGGAAAGCACACUUUUUAACACUUUCUUUUUCCCCCAAAUUUCAAUCCAAUUAAUUCAAUCUGUUCUUUCUAUACAUAAACCCUUUAAACAGACCGAUUUCUUACAUCUUAAACCCAAAAUUAAGUCCAAGCAAAAUGGGUUCUUGCAUUAGCAAAUGCAAACCAAAGAAGAAAACCAAGAGGAAAGCCUGCGAAAUUGUCGAUGAUCAUCAAGAAUUUUGCUGCCAGAUUGUUCAUGAUAAGCUUGUUAUUUCUCAACAACAAUCUGGGAUUCCAAUUCCAAAAUCAUCAUCAUCAUCAUCAUCAUCAAGAACUCAUCGUAAACCAGUUUUACCUUAUUCUCAUACCUCUUCUGCAUCAUCAUCGUCAUCAUCAACUACUUCUUUUUCCUCUGUUUCUGGUGGCAUCAGCAGCAACAGCACCAGCUCAGAAUUCUCUAUCAGUUCUUCAUCAUCUUCGUCGUCUUCUUACUUUAAUCCGGCCUCAAUCUCUAAAGAUUACCGCGGGUCAUUCUCGAACGAGUUCUUGUGGGCUUGCGCGAAAGAGAACCCACAAAUAAUCGGAAGAAGUAUCAUCAAAGGACCCGGUUUUGAUCAGAAACCGUCCGACUAUAAAGUUCAUCGACACAAUAAAUUUGAUUCCCCUACAACAAAUCUAGUCCAAAAACCGGCUUCUGUAUUCAUGAAACAAUUGAUUCGAGAAAAUCAAGGAGGUGCAACGCCGAAGAAAAGAGCUCGGGCGAAUUCGCCAACUCUUGUCAGGCAGAAAAGCUUCAGGAAAGACCCUGACCCCAAGGUAAUUAGUUCUUCUCCAGCUAACAGUACUUAUCAUCUUCCUAAUAGAACAGCAUUGAUGAGAUCGCCUUCGCCAAGUCGACGAUUCAAUGGGGAAAUUCCGUUAAGGGAUUCGCCGAUGAAGAACACAGCCAAAGAUCCUGGUACUAAUUACUCCAGGAGAUCAACUGUUGUUAAGAGCAAUAGGCAGAGUACUCUGUCUUCUGCAAGCUUGAGAAGAGAGAAUUUCAAAAUCCCACAAAGUCCAAAUUAUGAUUUUGGUACUAAAAGUGGGACAAUCAUGAAGAUUAACCGGGAUGCUGCAUUGAUCAGUCAUCAACAGGAAAUUGGUCAGAAAAACAGCAAAAUUGAAGUUGCAGAAAAGGAGUUAGACAAAAACCAGAUGCAGGAUUUGGAGGCUAUGGUGAUUGAGGAUGUACAUAAUCCUCUUAUAGCCUUAGAUUGUUUUAUUUUUCUGUAAAUUUGUUUUUGUGAUUUUAGGUUUGCAACCUUUCCCAUUGGUUUGUUUGUUUGUUUAUUAUAGCUUUAGUGUUCCACAUUUUCAGAUCUCAUUAGAUCUUCUACAUCACGUAGAUAAAACAGAUAGAGUGUAUUUUAUUUCUUUGGGGAUUUUUGGAGUGGUAAUCAUGGAUUGUAUGAUUGAAAUUAUUACUGCAGUGAUUUUUUUUUUUUUUUUACUCAACGGCAAUUCAUGUAGUGUUGAUGUUUAUUCGUACAGUUUCAU